AGAUCACUUUUUGGACAUUUCCCAUCAUUGGCACCGCUUAUGUCAAACUUUCUUUAGUCUAUGGCCGCUUAUUGAUUGGUCGACGAGGAGAUGUAAAAAAUGGCUGCCUUGCCUUCUCCUACUCAGGUGGCAGGGACCCACAGCGCUAUAUACGAAGCAUAUUAUCACCAGGUGGAUCCCAAUGGUGCAGGCACAAUCCAAGCAUUGGAUGCGGCUCGGUUUCUCAAAAAGUCCCGGCUCAGCGAUGUGGUACUUAGCAAGAUAUGGGACCUGUCCGACCCCACCGGCAAGGGGUACCUUGAUAAAGCAGGACUGUUCGUGGCGUUGAAGCUGGUGGCGCUCGCGCAGGCCGGCAAGGACAUCAACAUGAGCAACAUACACUCCGAGGCACCACCACCUAAAGUUGGCGAGCUGCCGAAGGUGGGUCCGAGCGUGGCGCCGGGGCGGCCGGCGGCGCCGUCGCCCGCGCCGCUGCUGCCGCUCAGCGACUGGAGCAUGAAGCCCGCCGAGCGGGACAAGUACAGCCAGCUCUUCGACUCGCUGCAGCCCAACAACGGACUCAUCGCCGGGAACAAGGUGAAAGGCAUGUUGCUGGAGUCGAAGCUACCGAUAGAGACGCUGGGCAAGAUCUGGGACCUCGCCGACCAGGACAAGGACGGCAUGCUCGACAGACACGAGUUCAUGGUGGCGAUGCACCUGGUGUACAAGGCGCUGGAGAAGCACGCGGUGCCGACGAGCCUGCCGCCCGAGCUGCGGGCGGGGGCGCGGCCCGCGCGGCCUCCCUCACGCCCCCCGUCCCGGCCCCCCUCGCGGCCCCCGUCGCGUCCCCCCUCCCCCCAGUCCCGGCCCCCGCCCCCUCGCCCACAGCCCCCACCACCGCAGCAGCCACAGUCUAAUGCUUCGUUGUUAGAGGGCCUACUCGACUUGUCUAGUCCUCCCACACAGACGGCGCCCCCACUUAGCGGCUUGGGCACGAUGGGGAGUGGUUUGGGCAGUCUAAGCGGUGUGGGCAGCGUGGGUAGCGUGGGCAGCAUGAACAGCGUGGGCAGCGCGGGCAGCGCGGGCACUACGUGGGUGGUGACGGACGCGGAGCGCGCCGUGUUCGACGCGCAGUUCGCGGCGGCCGACACGGACCGCGACGGGUACGUCUCCGGGAACGAGAUCAAGCACGUGUUCCUCGACUCCGGCCUGCCGCAGCAGACACUCGCACACAUAUGGGCGCUGUGCGACACGGAGGGGCUGGGCAAGCUGUCGAGCGGGCAGUUCGCGCUGGCCAUGUGGCUGGUGGGGCGCGCGGCGCGGGGCACGCCGCCCCCGCCGCACCUCGACCGCAACAUGCUGCCGCCGCCCGCCGCGCCCAAGCCAGAGCAGGCGGUGUCGCUGGGCCCGCAGCCGACGCCGGAGAUGGAGGCCAUCGCGCGCGAGGUGGACGCGCUGGCCCGCGAGCGACUGGCGCUCGAGGCCGAGCUCGCCGCCAAGCAGAGGGACCUCACCGUCAAGGCGGGGGAGGCCGACAGCUUGCAGAGCGAAUUGGACACAUUAACAGCAACAUUAAAACAAUUAGAAAAUCAAAAAGGUGAAGCACAAAAGAGAUUAAAUGACCUCAAAACGCAGGUAGAGAAGUUGCGGUCGCAAGUAUCGGCGCAGGAGGCGGCGGCGGCCGAGACGGAGGCCGAGGUGGCCAGCCGGCGCGCCGCCGCGCAGACCCUGCGGGAGAAGGAGCGCGCGCUGCAGGCCGACGUGCAAGACGCGGAGGCCGAGGCCGAGGCCGUCACCGCGCAGCUGCGCCGCACCGUGCUCGCCGUCAGCCAGGCCAACAUAAAGAUCUCCCACCUGGAGGAGCAGCACCGCCUGAUCAGCUCGGCGGCGGAGGCGCUGGGCGCGGCGGGCCCGGCCGCGGCCGCCCAGCUGCAGCUGCAGCCGCAGUUCUCCGCCGAGCACCUCGAGCGCGUCGUGCGCGGCGCCACGCCCAAUGACGCACUCGAAGAUGAGCCAUUCGCGAAGAGCAACGGUUUCGCGUCGGGCGCGGGGUUCGAGUCGGACCCCUUCACGGAGGGAGCCUUCCCCGCCGCACUGCCCGCGCACGACCCCUUCGCACCCACGCAAGCGAAGCACACACAGGACGGUUUCGCCACGGAUCCGUUCGCAUCGAACGCCGACCCGUUCGCUGGCGACGCGUUCUCUUCACAAGACAAUACGGCUAAAGCUAAUAAUGAUUUCUCGGAGGACCCGUUCGCGGUGCUGCACGCGCCGCCGCGGGGGUCGUCCCCCGCGCCCCCCGCGGCCACCCCCGCGCUGCCCCCCAAGCAGGGCAAGCUGCCCCCGCCGCGCCCCGCGCCGCCGCGCCCCACGCCGCCCGCCAAGACCGACCGCCCCGCCAUGGACUUCGCCGACGACCCCUUCAAGGACUACCGAUACGAGGACCCCUUCAACAUCGAGGACCCCUUCGCCGACGUCGCCGACGGCAAAAAGCUUGACCCCUUCGCCCGGCCCACUUCUGUCGCAGGCUUCGAAACUGACGACUUCUUUUCCGGCUCGAGCAAUGUCAAUGGCAAUUUUGCUCUGCCCGAGAAGCGAAGCGGGCGAGUAUCCGCGCCGCCCGUAGCUUACGACCCGUUCUCCAGCCGCUCCGACUACAAGCCCGCCAAGCCCGCGCCGCCCGCCAACAACAACUCCAGCGGCAGCGACGCCUGGGCGGCCUGGCCCAACGAUAACUGGGCCACGGACGACGCUUGGGCCAAAGCCCCUGCUCAAAAAUCCGACGCCUGGAGUUCCGACGACACAGCCAAGAGGAACACUAACACGGCCACCGGCGACUGGAAGACCGAUAACUGGGCCAACAAGUCCGACAACUGGGCCGCCGACUGGUCCGGCGCCGACUCCAACAGGAACCUCAACGAGACCUGGCCCGCCGCCAGCACGCUGCCCUCCAAGAAGGAGAAGUCGCCGCGCCCCGUGAAGUACGCCAAGUCCCUCGUGCACACCAUCGGCGGCAUCGGGCGCAGCAAGCAGAAGGACAAGAAGAACAAGGCCAGCGCCGAGCCCGGCGGGGAGCUGCCCAGCGAGGAGCAGCAGUGGGCGUGGGCCGCGGCCGAGUCGCGCCGCCUGCAGGCCGAGCAGGACGCGCGCCGCGCCCGCGAGCACGCCGACCUGCAGCUGGCGCUGGCGUUGUCGCGCCAGGACCACUAGCCGCGCUGGCUGCUGGCCGCCGCCUGCUGCGUCUCUAGUAAGGGAUGGCAAACGACGUCCCACGCGUUGCAUUCCUUGCUGUUGUUGUGCUUAGCGACUUAACGAAGCUGUCUGAGUAUAGCCGACAGCUGGUAAUCAAUAUUGCAUCACACGGAUGACAGUCGCCAUUUCGAAUUUAACGGAAUUAGAGAUUGUGUACAUACGUUUAAUAUUUCGCUCGUUGUAGGUAGUUAGAUCGUUGAGCAUUCCAUUCGAAGCGUGACACGGAGGUCGCUCGCCUCCCGACCGGAGGCCGCCUCGUUGUGUAUAUUUUGAAGUUAUCAUGUCACUCAUUGUAAAUUAUUGAUAUUAUAUAGUUUCCUGUAUAUAAUGGUUAGUGUGAGAUACUGACCCACGGUAAAGUAUUUUUGUAUCUGUUUAUCAAAACUCCAAGAGUUUUUUUUAUUGCUUUUCGAUAUUUUUACGAACCGUAACGUAACGGCAGGCGGCAUUUCAUAGGAAUAUGUUUUACACAUUUAAUGUACGAUACGAAAUUUGUUUUUGGAAAGCAAUGAAGUUGUAUUGGUGUUAAUGAACACGUUGUGUUCCUCCACAGUGAGUGAGGGUGAGUUGUAGCGCAUGCGCCAUUGUGUACAGGUGACGUACAGUAUACAGUUGGUUUGGUACGCGGUCAGUGCACGGAGCUCCGCCCUGUAUUCAUACACUACUAUAUUAUAAAUGUUGCGGUUUAGUUGGGUCACAUGUGACCAUCAUGCCACGAAUAGCGCACAUUCUGUAGAGCAGGGCUCCACUUGAAACAACCUGUCGUGUGAUUAAAUUUUACUAGUCAAAGUGCGCAUUCAUAUUUAUUAACUGCAACAAAUACAAACACAUAUUUGGGAAACAAGUUUGUUUCAGAUACUGACUGUACAAAUCAACUAAAUAAAAAACUACAAAAGUUUCACUAGUCAAUUGGAUGAUUGCAUGUUGGGGGCUCGAUCAAAGCGUGGUGUCUGGGCGUGUAGUAUACCGGGGCUGAGGUCGUGUGUGUCGGCCGGAGUCGGCCAGUGUCUGUCAGUGUCGGCCAGUGUCGGCCAGAGUCGGCCACUGUCGGCCAGAGUCGGCCAGUGUCACCGCGGGACUCGACCAUAUCACGACGUGUAGCUGUAGCAUUCGUAACGUAGUUCAACUUGAAUAGUGACCUAGCCUCAAUACUGAAGUAACCGACGCACACGACUGCAGCAGAUAUCGUAAUUAUAUAAAAUAAAUGUAAAAGUGUAAUAUAUUGUUGUCUGCAAUCGAGGCCUAAUAGCUUCCUCACUAUAAUGUAUAGUUUAAUAGUUAUUAAAUAUAUCGCGUUUCGGACAAUUAUGCGGCGUUAUGGAUAUUGUAAAUGUAUAUUGUAGGCAGUAUUCAUGGUGGCCGGUGUAAUUGUCAGUAAUAACCACGAGUAGACUCGUUACGUACUACACUGGUUCACACGAGUGGGUUAUUCCUCGCGGCUGUAUCAUACAUGAGAUAUAUGGUUAUACAAUGUUCAAAUGUAUCCCCAUGUGGUGGAAGUAGCUGCAACAUACGCCUAUGUUAUUAAUACCUACUAACAGUCCUAUCGUAAAAUAGAUUUGUGCCACUCGAAACUGAUUUUUAUUGAUGUAAAAUUAAGGUCCACUAUUUAUUUCGUUAGGCAUAUCAAGGCUUCUCUUAUUUGAAAUAUGUUCCAAAUAGAGCUUUAAAGCCAAAGAUCAGAAAAAACUCAAUCAUUUUCCUUUGAAUGUGAUUUGAUUAAAAAGGAUAAAAUAUCGUGUACAAUAAUGGAGAUCUAAUGUGGAAGUGCUUCAAAGUUUCCUCUCAUAGAUGUGACGUACUCUUUAUAAGUCUAACUAUGAGAUAUUGCUAUGUCAGGCUGGUUGUACAUUGGCCGUAUGUUGCUCGCAAUAAGGGCGUAGUUGGCUUAUUCAAUUUAUAAAAUAGAUGUCAUGUUACUGGUACCAUUGCGGCCUUCGACCAAAUGUUUACUCCAACAUCCCACCAAUGUAGGACCAGACCGUAUACCCUGUCGGUACUUGUAUAUUAAUCAUAGCGUUGUAUUAUAUCCGACGUUAAUUUUAUUAUGUUUAAUUUGUAUAAAUAGAUUACUAUUAUUAUUAUUUACGUGAGAAUGUAUGUCACAUUGACUUCUUGAACAUUUAUUUGUUUUGAUAUUUCGUAAGAUGUUAAUAAAUAUUGCCUGCAUGCUUAAGUCUGACUGAAUUUAUUUUUAAUUUAGCAAGAUAUAAUAAUUAUGGAUAUUUAAAUAUGGCAAAUGAAGUCAGUGUUACAUACAUUGCUUGUUCUGCGUAGACGGAUGUGUGUUGCGUGUAUAAAUUCCAGUGUGCAGAUAUGUAUGGUAAAGUACAACAGGUUUGUGCAAGUUCCGAGCGGCCGGUGCGACUGUUGUCAUACACUUACGUAUUACUGUUGCAGUCUAUUCUAUUCCACGUUGUAUGAUUUAGUUCUGUUUGUAUACGUUCUUGAAUGAAAUGUACAAAAGUGACAAUGUUCCAUAUACGCUUCCUAUGAGAGCGCUCGCACCGGCCGGCCUGAACGCUUUGUUAAUAAUAUAUGUUAUGUUAAUAUUAUUUCUGAUUAUGUUGUCAGUAUACAUUAUGUAUGCGGGUAUGUACGUUCACGGCGUUUGUAGUUGAGCCUUGAACUGUUUUUCUCAUUGCGUUCUUGAAAAUUGUAUGUGCGUGUAAAAUUCUACUUAUGUGCGUAUAUCUGCCAUCUGGAAAGUAAUGCGUGUGUGCGGGCGCUUGGUCGACAUCGACGAACGUACGAGUGAUUAGUUCCGCAACGUACUCGGUGCGGACUGUGAACUCGUGCGCUGUACUGUAAUCGAAAAUAAUUGAAUACUCAUAUAGAAAUGUUUGUCCGAGCGGUCGGUCCACUCGGCACCUGCUAUGAUAAGUGUUUCAUUUGAUUCUGCGCAUCUUCUCUUCGGUAGUGCCUUUCUGUAACUCUACUUAUCAUUCUAGCUUCCUUGCGAGUGGAAAUGUUAAUCUACAUUGAGUAUAUUUAAAAAUACGGAAUCAUUCGUCAAAUUACUAUAAUAAAAAAAUCUUCCAAAAAAAAUUAAGAAAAUGUUAGCUUGAAAAAUGUAUUUUGGCGAAGUUCAUUCGGCGAGAUUUAUGAGGGGGAGCAAAUAAAAAGAAUUUCUACCAAAGUGGUAGUGUAAUAAUAAAAUAAUUAGCUUGUACUAGCAAUAUAUCGCCUGUGUAGGGUCGCCUCGCUUGCGGCGCCGCCCGUACAAUGUACUGCUGCAGCGGCCGCCCGCCCGGCCCGCUCGCUCGCCGGCCGCGUCCGCGGGCGGCCGCCGUGGGGUCAACUAACGAUAACGUGUAACUAUUAAAUACCGAUGUGUUUAUGGGUAUUAUCCUAAAGUUGUUAUCUCUUUCUUAGGCGCUGUUGUUUGUGGCUCGGAGGACCGCGCGGACCCUCCACCUCCUCUAGCCCGUACUCUCUGUAGAUACAUAUAUGUGAUGCCUAUCUAUAUGCUAAAUGUAGAGACCAAUAUUUUAAAGCUACAGAUGAUUUUGGCAAAUUUCUAUUACGUUGUUGGGACUUGAAAGAAUAUAUUUUGUCGUAGUCAAUUAUUUGUUGGAGUAUAUUUUUGUAUUUUAACGUUGAGUCCGCGCGGUUUGCCCGACCCGUGUCUGUUAUAAAGUAUACAUUAUAUUGUAUGUACCUUUCAGUGAUAGCCGGUAAACUAAUAUUUAAAUUUCAAAGUUGACGUGUAUAUGUGUAUUUAAAGCUAAUAUAAAAUAAAUUUGAUAAUAUACAGGUUAAUGUAAGCUUAAGUCGGUAGUGACGGUGCGCGGGAAUCAAACCUCCACGAGAGAAGUAUCCACAGACAAAG